AUGAGGCUCCAGCUGGAGAAGCAGCUCCUCUUCCUCUCCCUCCUCUGCAUCCUCUCCAAGGUGUGUGCCCAGCUGUGCCGGAGACCAUGCUACUGCCCCUGGGUGCCACCCCGCUGCCCCCGCGGGUCCCCCCUGGUCCUGGAUGGCUGCGGCUGCUGUAAGAUCUGCGCCCGGCGCCUGGGAGAGCCCUGCGACUUCCUCCAUGUCUGCGACCAGAGCCAGGGCCUCGUCUGCGACUACAGCGCAGCAACCACGGGGACAGGAGGCACCUGCUUGCUUGCAGUUGAAGACGGCGAGGAGGGCUGCGAGGUGAACGGCCGGGUCUAUCGGGACGGGGAGGUUUUCCAGCCCAGCUGCAAACUCCAGUGCCGCUGCCUGGACGGGGGCUUCACCUGCGUCCCGCUCUGCCAGGAGAAUGUCCGUCUGCCCACCCCCGACUGCCCCUACCCGCGGCGUGUGGAGGUCCCAGGGAAGUGCUGCCCAGAGUGGAUCUGUGAGGCCCGAGACCAGCACCUCCUCCGGGAUGCCAGGGCAGCCCCUGGGCCAGCCUCCCCACCGCUGCCGUACCCCUGCCAGGAGUGGGGCACGGAGUGGAGCGCCUGCUCGGCCACCUGCGGCGUGGGCUUUUCUACCCGCAUCUCCAACCAGAACCACUACUGCAGGCUGGAGACUCAGAGGCGGCUCUGCAUGGCCAGACCCUGCCCGGCUCUGCCGGCAGCAUCCCUGGCG